AUGCCGUCUCGCUCAACUACCGCGACGUCGCCAUCCCAAUGGGGACAUACCCCCCUCGCCUCCCGGGACGGCGUAGUCCCCUGCUCCGACGCGAGCGGCGAGGUCAUCGCCGUAGGCCCCGGCACUCGCCGCUUCGAGCCCGGCGACCGCGUGUGCACGGCAUUCAACCCCGCGUACCAGUCCGGGCGCAUGACCCGCGCGAUCCGGAAACGCGGGCUCGGCAACCUGCUGGACGGGACGCUGCGCGAGCACGCCGUGUUCGCGGAGACGGCGCUCGUCGCGGCGCCGAGGAGUCUGGAUAUGGUGCAGGCGUCGACGCUGUCGUGUGCGGCUGUGACGGUGUGGAACUGUCUGUUUGGAUUGGGGGGCCGGGCGCUGGAGGCCGGGGACUGGGUGCUGACGCAGGGAACGGGGGGUGUUAGUUUAUUUGCGGUGCAGGUUGCGCUGGCGGCGGGGGCGAAUGUGAUUGCGACGACGUCGACGGAGGAGAAGGCGCAGCGGCUGCGGGAGAUGGGGGUGCAGCAUGUGCUGAAUUACAAGGCGGAUGCGACUUGGGGAGAGACGGCGAAGAGGUUGACGCCGGAUGAGGAGGGGGUGGAUCAUGUUAUUGAGGUUGGGGGGGAGGCGACCAUGCCGCAGUCGCUGGCUGCUAUUCGGACUGAAGGGGUGAUUUCGGUGGUUGGGUUCCUGGGAGGAGCGAAGCAGGAGCGUACGGUAAGCUUUGAGGCGAUGUUGCCCACGUUGGCGAUUGUGCGGGGGAUUAACGUGGGGCCUGUCAGUCAGUUCGAGGCUUGUAAUGCUUUUAUUGACAAGCAUGGGAUUAAACCGAUUGUGGAUCCCACGGUCUUUGAGUUCGGGGAGGCUGUGGAUGCGUUGAAGUAUCUAUGGGAUCAGAAGAAUUAUGGGAAAGUGGUAAUUCGAGUCAACUAG